AUGCUUUCCUUCCAAGGGUUAGCAGAGUUGGCUCAUCGUGAGUAUCAGGCAGGAGACUUUGAAGCAGCAGAGAGACACUGCAUGCAGCUCUGGAGACAGGAGCCUGACAACACUGGGGUGCUUUUGUUACUGUCGUCCAUUCACUUCCAGUGUCGCAGAUUGGACAGGUCUGCUCACUUCAGCACUUUGGCUAUUAAACAGAACCCACUGCUGGCUGAAGCCUACUCAAACCUGGGCAAUGUGUAUAAGGAACGUGGACAGCUGCAGGAAGCCAUUGAACAUUACAGACACGCUCUGCGCCUCAAACCUGAUUUCAUUGAUGGCUACAUUAACUUGGCUGCUGCCCUGGUAGCUGCAGGGGAUAUGGAAGGAGCUGUACAGGCAUAUGUGUCUGCCCUUCAGUACAACCCUGACUUGUACUGUGUUCGUAGUGACCUGGGGAACCUGCUCAAAGCCCUGGGUCGCUUGGAAGAGGCCAAGGCCUGUUACUUAAAAGCAAUUGAGACUCAACCAAACUUUGCAGUGGCUUGGAGUAAUCUUGGCUGUGUUUUCAAUGCCCAAGGAGAAAUUUGGCUUGCAAUUCAUCACUUUGAAAAGGCUGUAACACUUGACCCAAAUUUUUUGGAUGCUUACAUCAAUCUGGGAAAUGUCCUGAAGGAGGCAAGGAUAUUUGACAGAGCUGUAGCAGCCUAUCUCCGAGCCUUGAGUUUGAGUCCCAAUCAUGCAGUUGUGCAUGGCAACCUUGCCUGUGUGUACUAUGAGCAGGGACUGAUAGACCUGGCAAUAGACACCUACAGGAGGGCUAUUGAACUACAACCCCACUUCCCUGAUGCUUACUGUAACUUGGCCAACGCCUUGAAGGAGAAAGGCAGUGUAGUAGAAGCAGAAGAAUGCUACAAUACAGCCCUUAGGCUUUGUCCCACUCAUGCAGAUUCCCUCAACAACCUGGCAAACAUCAAGCGGGAGCAGGGCAAUAUUGAGGAAGCAGUCCGCCUGUAUCGGAAGGCUCUUGAGGUGUUUCCAGAGUUUGCAGCUGCACAUUCAAAUUUAGCAAGUGUUCUGCAACAGCAAGGAAAGUUACAGGAAGCUCUGAUGCAUUACAAAGAAGCCAUUAGAAUCAGCCCCACGUUUGCAGAUGCUUAUUCUAAUAUGGGAAAUACUUUGAAGGAGAUGCAGGAUGUCCAAGGAGCUCUACAGUGCUACACCCGUGCCAUUCAGAUAAACCCAGCUUUUGCUGAUGCUCACAGCAACCUGGCCUCUAUUCACAAGGAUUCAGGGAAUAUACCAGAAGCCAUCGCCUCUUACCGCACUGCUCUGAAACUGAAACCUGAUUUUCCAGAUGCUUACUGCAACUUGGCCCACUGUUUGCAGAUUGUCUGUGACUGGACAGACUAUGAUGAAAGAAUGAAGAAGCUGGUUAGCAUUGUAGCUGAUCAGCUGGAGAAGAACAGGCUGCCUUCUGUGCACCCCCAUCACAGCAUGCUGUAUCCCCUGUCCCACAGCUUUAGGAAGGCUAUUGCUGAGAGACAUGGAAAUCUGUGUUUGGACAAGAUUAAUGUUCUUCACAAGCCUCCUUAUGAGCACCCUAAAGAUUUGAAGGCCAGCGAAGGUCGACUUCGUAUUGGCUACGUGAGCUCUGAUUUUGGAAACCAUCCCACCUCACACCUAAUGCAGUCCAUCCCAGGCAUGCAUAACCCAGACAAAUUUGAGGUAUUCUGUUAUGCCCUAAGUCCUGAUGAUGGUACAAACUUCCGUGUAAAAGUGAUGGCUGAAGCAAAUCACUUCGUUGACUUAUCUCAGAUACCAUGUAAUGGAAAAGCAGCAGAUCGCAUCCAUCAGGAUGGGAUACACAUUCUCAUUAACAUGAAUGGUUACACCAAAGGAGCCCGAAAUGAAUUGUUUGCCCUGAGACCAGCACCUAUUCAGGCCAUGUGGCUAGGAUAUCCUGGAACCAGUGGGGCAUUAUUCAUGGAUUAUAUCAUCACAGAUAAAGAAACUUCUCCUGUUGAGGUGGCUGAGCAGUAUUCAGAGAAAUUAGCAUACAUGCCAAACACUUUCUUUAUUGGAGACCAUGCUAACAUGUUCCCCCAUCUGAAGAAAAAAGCAGUAAUUGAUUUCAAGUCCAAUGGUCAUAUUUAUGAUAACAGAAUUGUGUUGAAUGGCAUUGACUUGAAGGCUUUCCUUGACAGCCUCCCUGAUGUCAAGAUUGUUAAGAUGAAGUGUCCUGACAGCUGUGACAAUGCAGAUGGCAAUGCUGCCCUCAGCAUGCCAGUCAUUCCAAUGAACACUAUUGCAGAAGCUGUGAUUGAGAUGAUUAAUCGUGGGCAAAUUCAGAUAACUAUCAAUGGAUUCAACAUCAGUAAUGGAUUAGCAACUACUCAGAUUAACAACAAAGCAGCAACUGGUGAAGAAGUUCCACGAACUAUAAUCGUUACUACACGAUCUCAGUAUGGCUUACCAGAGGAUGCUGUUGUAUACUGUAACUUUAAUCAGCUGUAUAAGAUUGAUCCUUCCACUUUACAGAUGUGGGCUAAUAUCCUAAAAAGAGUUCCAAACAGUGUGCUGUGGCUGCUGCGUUUCCCAGCUGUGGGAGAACCCAACAUUCAGCAAUAUGCACAAAACUUGGGUCUUUCCCAAAACCGAAUCAUCUUUUCCCCUGUUGCUCCCAAAGAAGAACAUGUGAGGAGAGGGCAACUGGCUGAUGUUUGUCUAGAUACUCCUCUUUGCAAUGGGCACACAACUGGCAUGGAUGUACUCUGGGCUGGGACUCCAAUGGUCACGAUGCCAGGCGAGACUCUUGCAUCACGAGUUGCUGCCUCCCAACUUACUUGCCUGGGUUGUCUUGAGCUCAUUGCAAAAAGUAGACAGGAAUAUGAGGAUAUUGCUGUGAAACUGGGAACUGAUCUGGAAUACCUGAAAAAAAUACGUGGCAAAGUCUGGAAGCAGAGAAUAUCCAGUCCCUUGUUCAACACGAAGCAGUACACGAUGGAUCUGGAGCGACUUUAUCUUCAGAUGUGGGAUCACUGUGCUGCUGGCAACAAGCCAGACCACAUGAUUAAGCCAGUAGAGGCCAGUGAGUCUGCAUGAAGAGAGACUGCCUGUGUGCCCACCCAGAACUCUCCAGGAACUGAGCCUCCCCAACACGUCUGCAGAGUUGAUGAGCUAAAAACUGUGCAUUUCUACUUGAUCUGCCUGGUACUCAGUGGCUGAAGUAAUACAUGAUGGUGAUUAAAGCACACCCAGAAAAAAAAAGGGAAAGACUCUAUAGAGCCUGGGAUCCUUUUAUUCCAUGAGGAAUUUGAAUGGGAUUGAGCCAUGUACAUGUGAGCCUGUGUGUAUGAAUGGCAUAGAGGUUGCUGGGGGAAGUGUGAACUGUCCAACCAAUUAUAAUUUCAUGGGUUGAUUUAAUCUUCCUAUGAAUCUCUCUCCUUUUAUGUGGAUUGGGACUUGGAACAUUUUAACAUUUGAUUUUGGGUACUUCUGUUGGUAUAUGUGUGGUUCUCCCACGACAAGAUUUCCAGCUAGCGGGUGUGCUCCCUGCAUUGAUUUCUAAACUGUGGACUAAAAGGGCGUGUUUGCUGGUGUAGUCUUUUUUUAUAGGUUUUAUAAACCACUUGAGCCUAUAUCAGCCUUUUAAUGUUUGACCUCUGUUUUGGAGCUCUCUGUAAUGUGUUGGUUUAGAUAAGGACUUUGGUUUUGUUUUUUUUUCUUCUUUUUUUUUAAGCUUCUCCAAUGACUCACUUUAUUGGCUUCAUGAUGGCAGCUCAUAUUCUGUUGAAAACCCCGAUUUGAUUUGAAAUUAAUGCUCCCCACAGGUGUUUGAGGUAAACACAAACUGGUGCCAAAUUACAGAUCUUUCAGGAACGAUUGUUAAUUAUGUAUAGAGGUGCAGUCCUAGGUACUGUAGCAAAGACUUUAAACAAAAAAAAAAAAAAUAAAGCUUUGGUUUGCCAGUUUGAUCGAUUU